AUGAGCCCACCCGCACCACUCGAAGUCGACCUGAUGGGGGUUACGGACACCACUGCGAUUCCUGUUCCGGACCCGUUGACCGUCAAUGGCGUCCCGGCGUGGCGGGAGAAGAUGGCGCAGAUGCCCACUGGCGUCGCGGCGGCGAGCAGCAGCGAUAUGUUCAAGAGCCCGGCGAAGCGGUUUGACCAUCUCCUGUCUCUCGAGGCCAAGUCGCGCAAGUCGUCCACGUUGAAGGGCGCGGCUCGUUUCUUGAAGAACCCAGGCAUCAUCUCCCUUGGCGGCGGUCUGCCCUCUCCCGAGUACUUUCCCUUCGAACAUCUCGACAUCAAGGUGCCCACACCCCCCGGUUUCUCUCCCGAGGCCACCCAGAAGACGGGUGAAGUGUUGCGGGCUGGCAAGCAUGACAUCCAAGAAGGAAAAAGCCUCUACGAUCUUGAAAUUGCAAUGAACUAUGGCCAAGCUACGGGAGCUGCCCAAUUGCUCCGAUUUGUGACCGAGCACACAGAGAUCAUCCACAACCCCCCUUACUCGGACUGGCAAUGCUCUCUGACUGCCGGUAGCACCUAUGCUUGGGAUACGGCACUGCGGGUGCUAUGCGAGCGAGGCGACUACAUCAUCAUGGAAGAGUACACGUUUGCCAGCGCUGCGGAGACCGCUUUCCCCCUAGGUCUCAAAGCGCUGGGCGUGCCCAUGGAUGAGCAAGGCAUGAUCCCCGAGGCCUUGGAUGACCUUCUCAGCAACUGGGAUACAAAAGCCCGCGGUGCGCGCAAGCCCUACGUGAUGUACACCAUUCCAACGGGCCAGAACCCCACGGGAGCGACCCAGUCCGCCGAGCGCCGUCGGGCUGUGUACAAGGUUGCACAAAAGCACGAUAUCUACAUCGUCGAAGACGAGCCCUACUAUUUCCUGCAGAUGCAGCCGUCCGGCGGCGAGGGCGCCAAGCCUCUUCCCCCGCCUGCCACCCACGAUGAGUUCAUCAAGUCUCUGGUUCCGUCUUUCCUGAGCCUGGACGUUGAUGGCCGCGUGCUGCGUCUCGAGUCCUUCUCCAAGGUCGUUGCGCCUGGCACCCGUGUCGGCUGGAUUGUUGCCUCGGAGCAGAUGCUUGAGCGCUUCGUGCGCACCUUUGAGGUCUCUUCGCAGAACCCCAGCGGCAUCUCCCAGAUUGUGCUGUAUAAGCUUCUGGACGAACACUGGGGCCACACUGGGUAUCUGGACUGGCUGAUUAAUCUGCGCAUGCAGUAUACCAGCCGUCGGGACUCGAUGAUUCACGCCUGUGAGAAGCACCUGCCUAAAGAGAUUGCUCACUGGGUUCCUCCGGCAGCAGGCAUGUUCCACUGGAUUGGAAUCGACUGGCGCAAGCACCCCGGCAUCGCCUCCGGCAAGACCCGUGACCAAAUUGAAGAGGAAAUCUUCAUGUCGGCAGUCAACAAGGGCGUCCUUAUUUCGCGCGGGAGCUGGUUCUUGGCCGACCAGUCGGUUGCAGAGGAUAAGAUGUUCUUCCGUGCUACCUUUGCUGCGGCGUCGUCAGAAAAGAUCUCCGAGGCCAUUAGUCGGUUUGCUGAGUCUCUGCGGGCGCAGUUUGGUCUGUAG